AUGAACGCUCAAGAACUAGCAAGCUCACUGAAUAGCGACACUGACUUGAUCGAGGUCAACGGCUGGUAUUUCUGUCGCCACGGAUCCGAGUACUGCAGCCACUGUCCUCAGGACCAGCGCUCCAUGAACGACGAUACUAUGGAUCAGGAUCUUCCCAUGGACUACAGAAAGGGUCUCUCCGUCGCUGGGCGCAUCGUCAACAGCGGACAGCGAGGACCUGAUGGAAGCAUCAUCUGGAACUGCGCAGUCCAUCUUCAAGCCGAUUGCAAUGAGUGUUUUGACUGGAAUAAGCUCAUGCGCGCGGAAGGGAAGAAGAAGGACAGGGGGAAGGUUGAAAACCGAAAUCUACUCAUGGGUUUGCUCGCGUCCAUGGGUGUCCGCCUACCCACCUCCACGAAGCUCCCAGAAGAUGCUAUAGAAAGGAAACUCACCUCAGCAAUCAAUUAUGCACAGAACUUCAUUGCGUAUUCAGAGAGAGCGCCGUUCAACCCGGCCAGACUAUCGACAUGGGAGGGUACCCAAACGCAGUCCAUCGUCGAUUGUAUAUGGCGUAGCAGCUACUUCGAAGCGGGACUCACCGCUGGAGUGAACGGAGGGGGACCAUCAUCGCUCUCUCUUGGUAAUAGUGCAUUCAUGGAUCUACGAGAGACUGUUCUUCACAUGGCCCAGCAUUACAACGGAGGUCGUGAAUCGUUCGUCUUGCAAGAUGAAGGUCGGGAAGAGGCCAUCUGCAUCCGGAUCCUGGGCGUGCAUGUCUUAGACGUAUCGACCCCCAUGAUAUCCCUUGUCUACGCGGCAUCGACCUCAAAUGAGCCUCUACCUGAAUCCAUCGAGCGCUUCGUGGCCGGGCAGCUUCAAGCCGGUGGUGUCCAUCAGAUCCGUAGCAACACGCAAGAACAAGCGCUGCUGCGUCGCCUUCUUUACAUCAAUUCCACCAGAGUCUCGUCAAACUAUGGACCCCAACUCAGAGACUACGAACAACAAUGGAAGAAGACUUUCUUGAUUCCACUCGGUCCUCUUAGUCAGGUUCAGAUCGGGAAGCUCACCAAUGACCUCGGAUGUGCUUCGUGCUCGAAUCCGGCAACACAGCAAUGUACCGCGUGCUUGUCGGUUCGAUACUGUAGUAAAGCUUGUCAAAAGGCGCACUGGAAGGAGCACAAGGUCUUCUGCCGGUCCAUCCGGGAUGGCACUUGGAUAGACGCCACCUUCACCGACGUUGUAAAGGGACAGCGCAUCGCCUUGAUCAAUGCCCGCGCGGCGUUGCACCCAAGUGUUGCCACCACAGUCGCGGACGAGUUGGAGACGGUCGGUCGACCGCCCCGCAAUGUCAAGGGUGAUCGACUCUUCCUCGUCAAGCUUCAGCGGCCAGCAUCGCCGGCGAUGGCGCAGAGCGGAGAAUACGGGAUCGCGGUCUACGAUCGCGAACGGACAUUCACGGGAUAUAUCAUGAUGAACGAUGAGAACCAGGAGUUCUGGAGACAGUCCAUCCAACAGAUGCCGUACGGGUCGGAGAUCAUGAAAGUGUACCGUUGGGCGCGGCACACAGGGGAUUGGAAGUUGUCCAUAUGUAUUGAUCGUGAGCCGCGCCACGAGGAUAUUCAAUGGUAG